AUGCCAGUGAAAUGUUGUUUCCACAGGUCAAACACUGGUGAAACAAUGGCCUGCUGUGAGUCUGUGGAUACACUACUAGCUAAUAAAGAUGGCUUGGCAGCUUUUAGGACAUUUUUGAAGUCAGAGUUUAGUGAGGAGAAUGUGGACUUCUGGCUGGCCUGCGAGGACUUCAAGAAAACCAGGUCCUCUACUAAGAUGGCUGCAAAAGCCCAAAAGAUUUACUCUGACUUUAUACAAGCUGAUGCACCAAAGGAGAUUAAUAUUGACUUCCAUACUAAAAAUGACAUCUCUCAGAAUAUAUCAGAGCCCACUCUCAGCUGCUUUGAUGAUGCUCAGAGACUGAUCUACAGCCUUAUGGCAAAGGACUCUUUUCCCAGGUUUCUAAGGUCAGAAGAGUACAAAGACCUAGUAAAGAAGCAAAAGAACAGAAAUCAGAAGAAGUGGCUCCCAUUUUUGUAA